CUUUGGGUUCGUACCAUAAAUCUACAUCUACCAUUCGAUUGAGCUAUGAGUUGUUGAUACGUGGCGUCCUAAUAGAAGGUCAGUUUAAUCACCGGAAGGAUGAGUACCGUAGGAGAACAGAAUACACAUAAAGGUAUUUGGUAAGCAGGGAGUGGAAUGGGACAAACGUCAGAGCAGCAGGAAGAGACUUAACACUGAUUCUUCAAGCAUCACGAUUGCAAGCCUGAGCCCGUAAUCUUUGUUCCAAGAGACUGUAUCGUAAGCUCGGCCUGUAUAUUAGUGGAAAUGGGUGAGGAAGCAUGCAGGGAUUGCAGAAGCUGGGAAGAGAAAAUUUACUGGACUCAUUUUCAAUGCCUCCAUUUCCUUCAGGUUCUCCACUCUGGUUUUGAUCGGCAGCUUGCAAUCCCGGAGCAUUUUACAAAAAAUUUGAGAAAGAAACUACCUCAAGUCAUAACUCUUAGAGGUCCCAGUGGCCGAACGUGGCAAGUUAUACUCACAACAAAUGAUGACACAGUGUUCUUCAAUCAUGGCUGGGAAGAAUUUGUGAAUGAUCAUGUUCUGCAAGAGAAAGAUCUUUUGAUAUUUAAAUACAAUGGGGAUUCAUGCUUUGAUGUUCUAAUGUUUGAUGGUCAGAGCUUAUGUGAGAAGGCAGGUUCAUAUUUUGUCAGAAAAUGUGGUCACAGAGAAAAUGAUAGUGGUGGCCAAACAAAAAGGAGAACUGGUGAAAAUUCUUUUGAAGCUACUCUUCCCUGUCCUGAGGAUUAUAUUGGGGGCUCUCCACUCGAGAAAUCUGCAAAUAAUGACAUUGACACAACUCCAUUAGGUCAACAUAACACAUAUCGCUAUGUUACCAAAAAGAUCCGAAGGGAAAUCGAGUUUAACCCUAUUCAUGAAGAACCUUCUACUUCCGCUGAGGAAAUAGAGACAAAGCCUGACAUUGAGCAUAUCAGUCCAAGCGUGGUGCACAGUGUCCCAUAUCUAUCAAGUAGAAGGCUAAUAACAGAGGAAGAGAAACAGAAUGCAUUGCAAUUAGCACAAGCAGUUUUAACAAGGGAUGGCUUCAUGGUAGUUAUGAAACCCACACAUGUCUACCGGAGAUUUUACAUGUCGAUACCUUCAGCGUGGACAACUAAGCAUCUAAGAUCUCUGGAGAAACAAGAUGUGAUUCUACGCACGAAAGAGAAUACAUGGCACACCAAAUUUUAUUAUCAGAAAUCUAAAAAUAGUGGAGGGCUUUCUUCUGGGUGGAAAAGCUUUGCCUUGUCAAACGACUUGCAGGAAUUUGAUGUGUGCGUUUUUGAACCUGGUAUUCCAGUGGACAAUGCGGUUGUCCUUGAUGUUAACAUCAUUCGUGUCUUCCACGACGACUAGUCACCUUGCCAACUGAGGAUCGUUGAAGAUCAUUAAUGCAAAACUGCAUGAAAGUAUUUUUUAGUUUUGGCUGCUAGUCGUUAGUUACAAUCCUAGUGUACAGAGACGGAUGGUUUGCGUCCUGUUUAAUGUACGAGACUUUUGAUGACUGUACUAGCUUUUACAGCGUAGCGAUUAGAUUCCUGAGCAAGGAAAUAAAGAAUUACUUUGGGAUUACAUUGUAGCUCAGAUUUAUCGAACGAGUUGAGCAAGAGCUUGGUAGAC